AUGGCGCUAGGGAGCCCGUGGAGGCCGCCGUCGCCGCCGCUGUUGCUGUUGCUGCUGACGCUGGCGGCCGGCGCGGGAGGCCUGGAGUUCGGCGGCGGCCCCGGGCAGUGGGCUCGCUACGCGCGCUGGGCGGGCGCGGCGAGCAGCGGCGAGCUCAGCUUCAGCCUGCGCACCAACGCCACGCGCGCGCUGCUGCUCUACCUGGACGACGGCGGCGACUGCGACUUCUUGGAGCUGCUGCUGGUGGACGGGCGCCUGCGGCUGCGCUUUACGCUCUCGUGCGCCGAGCCGGCCACGCUGCAGCUGGACACGCCUGUGGCCGACGAUCGCUGGCACAUGGUGCUGCUGACCCGCGACGCGCGCCGCACGGCGCUGGCGGUGGACGGCGAGGCCCGCGCCGCCGAGGUGCGCUCGAAGCGGCGUGAGAUGCAGGUGGCCAGCGACCUGUUCGUGGGCGGCAUCCCGCCCGACGUGCGCCUCUCAGCGCUCACGCUCAGCACCGUCAAGUACGAGCCGCCCUUCCGCGGCCUCCUGGCCAAUCUGAAGCUGGGCGAGAGGCCCCCGGCGCUGCUGGGCAGCCAGGGCCUGCGUGGCGCCGCCGCCGACCCGCUGUGCGCGCCCGCGCGCAAUCCCUGUGCCAACGGCGGCCUCUGCACGGUGCUGGCCCCCGGCGAGGUGGGCUGCGACUGCAGCCACACGGGCUUCGGCGGCAAGUUCUGCAGUGAAGAGGAGCACCCCAUGGAAGGUCCGGCUCACCUGACGUUAAACAGCGAAGUAGGGUCCUUACUGUUCUCCGAGGGGGGGGCCGGGAGAGGAGGAGCCGGCGAUGUGCACCAGUCAACAAAAGGCAAGGAGGAGUUUGUGGCGACCUUCAAAGGCAAUGAGUUCUUCUGCUACGACCUGUCACACAACCCGAUCCAGAGCAGCACGGACGAGAUCACGCUGGCCUUCCGCACCCUGCAGCGCAACGGGCUGAUGCUGCACACGGGCAAGUCGGCCGACUACGUCAACCUGUCCCUCAAGUCUGGCGCCGUCUGGCUGGUCAUCAACCUGGGCUCGGGAGCCUUCGAGGCCCUCGUGGAACCCGUCAACGGCAAGUUCAAUGACAACGCCUGGCACGACGUCCGGGUCACCCGAAACCUGCGCCAGCACGCAGGGAUUGGACACGCUAUGGUAAACAAACUGCAUUAUCUGGUGACCAUCUCGGUGGACGGCAUCCUGACCACCACAGGCUACACGCAGGAGGAUUACACCAUGCUGGGCUCCGACGACUUCUUCUACAUCGGGGGCAGCCCCAACACCGCAGACCUGCCGGGCUCGCCUGUCAGCAACAACUUCAUGGGCUGCCUCAAGGACGUGGUCUAUAAGAAUAACGACUUCAAGCUGGAGCUGUCCCGCCUGGCAAAGGAAGGGGAUCCCAAGAUGAAGCUGCAGGGGGACCUGUCCUUCCGCUGUGAAGACGUGGCUGCCCUGGACCCCGUGACCUUUGAGAGUCCCGAAGCCUUCGUGGCACUGCCCCGCUGGAGCGCCAAGCGCACCGGGUCCAUCUCCCUGGACUUCCGCACCACCGAGCCCAACGGGCUGCUGCUCUUCAGCCAGGGCCGGCGGGCCGGGGCCGGGGCCGGGGCUGGCAGCCACGGCUCUGCCCAGCGGGCUGACUACUUUGCCAUGGAGCUGUUGGACGGCUACCUCUACCUCUUGCUAGACAUGGGCUCUGGGGGCAUCAAGCUGCGAGCGUCCAGCCGCAAGGUCAACGACGGCGAGUGGUGCCACGUGGACUUCCAGAGGGACGGGCGAAAAGGCUCCAUCUCGGUGAACAGCCGCAGCACACCGUUCUUGGCCACUGGGGAGAGUGAGGUUCUGGACCUGGAGAGCGAGCUGUACCUGGGCGGUCUGCCUGAGGUGGGGCGGGUGGACCUGCCCCUGCCCCCGGAGGUGUGGACGGCGGCCCUGCGGGCUGGCUACGUGGGCUGCGUGCGGGACCUCUUCAUAGACGGGCGUAGCCGCGACCUCCGGGGCCUGGCGGAAGCCCAGGGGGCUGCGGGCGUUGCCCCCUUCUGCUCCCGAGAGACGCUGAAGCAGUGCGCGUCCGCCCCCUGCCGCAACGGGGGCGUCUGUCGAGAGGGCUGGAACCGCUUCGUGUGUGACUGCAUCGGGACCGGCUUUCUGGGGCGGGUCUGUGAGAGAGAGGCCACGGUCCUGAGCUACGAUGGGUCCAUGUACAUGAAGAUCAUGCUGCCGAAUGCCAUGCACACGGAGGCGGAGGACGUGUCUCUGCGCUUCAUGUCCCAGCGGGCCUACGGGCUCAUGAUGGCCACCACUUCCAGGGAGUCAGCCGACACCCUUCGCCUCGAGCUGGACGGGGGCCAGAUGAAGCUCACUGUCAACCUCGACUGCCUGCGCGUCGGCUGCGCACCUAGUAAAGGCCCCGAGACACUCUUUGCGGGGCACAAGCUCAAUGACAACGAGUGGCACACGGUGAGAGUGGUGAGGCGUGGCAAGAGCCUGCAGCUGUCCGUGGACAACGUGACCGUGGAGGGACAGAUGGCAGGAGCCCAUACGCGGCUAGAGUUCCACAACAUUGAGACGGGCAUCAUGACAGAGCGACGUUUCAUCUCCGUGGUGCCCUCCAACUUCAUCGGGCACCUGAGCGGGCUGGUGUUCAAUGGCCAGCCCUACAUGGACCAGUGCAAGGAUGGCGACAUCACCUAUUGCGAGCUCAAUGCUCGCUUUGGCCUGCGUGCCAUCGUGGCCGAUCCCGUCACCUUCAAGAGUCGGAGCAGCUACCUGGCGCUUGCCACACUGCAAGCCUACGCCUCCAUGCACCUCUUCUUCCAGUUCAAGACCACAGCCCCCGAUGGGCUCCUCCUGUUCAACUCAGGCAACGGCAAUGACUUCAUUGUCAUCGAACUGGUCAAAGGGUACAUCCACUACGUGUUUGACCUGGGGAAUGGCCCGUCCUUGAUGAAGGGGAACUCAGACAAACCAGUCAAUGACAACCAGUGGCACAACGUGGUGGUGUCCAGGGACCCGGGCAACGUGCACACGCUCAAGAUCGACUCCCGCACCGUCACUCAGCACUCCAACGGCGCCCGAAACCUCGACCUCAAAGGGGAGCUGUACAUUGGCGGUCUGAGCAAGAACAUGUUCAGCAACCUGCCCAAGCUGGUGGCCUCCCGAGACGGCUUCCAGGGCUGCCUGGCCUCGGUGGACCUCAACGGGCGCCUCCCAGACCUCAUCGCCGACGCCCUGCACCGCAUCGGGCAGGUGGAGAGGGGCUGUGACGGCCCCAGUACCACCUGCACCGAAGAGUCUUGUGCCAACCAGGGCGUCUGCUUGCAGCAGUGGGAUGGCUUCACCUGUGACUGCACCAUGACUUCCUAUGGAGGCCCUGUCUGCAAUGACCCCGGGACCACGUACAUCUUUGGGAAGGGGGGAGCACUCAUCACCUACACGUGGCCCCCCAAUGACCGGCCCAGCACGAGGAUGGACCGCCUGGCCGUGGGCUUCAGCACGCACCAGCGGAGUGCCGUGCUGGUGCGGGUGGACAGCGCCUCCGGCCUCGGGGACUACCUGCAGCUGCACAUCGACCAGGGCACCGUGGGGGUGAUCUUUAAUGUGGGCACGGAUGACAUUACCAUCGAUGAGCCCAACGCCAUCGUGAGCGACGGCAAAUACCACGUGGUGCGCUUCACUCGAAGCGGUGGCAAUGCCACCCUGCAGGUGGACAGCUGGCCAGUCAAUGAGAGGUACCCGGCAGGAAACUUUGAUAACGAGCGCCUGGCGAUUGCUAGACAGAGAAUCCCCUACCGGCUUGGUCGAGUAGUAGAUGAGUGGCUGCUCGACAAAGGCCGCCAGCUGACCAUCUUCAACAGCCAGGCCGCCAUCAAGAUCGGGGGCCGGGAUCAGGGCCGCCCCUUCCAGGGCCAGGUGUCCGGCCUCUACUACAAUGGGCUCAAGGUGCUGGCGCUGGCCGCCGAGAGCGACCCCAAUGUGCGGACCGAGGGCCACCUGCGCCUGGUAGGGGAGGGGCCGUCCGUGCUGCUCAGUGCGGAGACCACGGCCACCACCCUGCUGGCCGACAUGGCCACCACCAUCAUGGAGACCACCACCACCAUGGCCACCACCACCACACGCCGGGGCCGCUCCCCCACGCUGAGGGACAGCACCGCCCAGCUCCUCACUGCCAGCCUGCACUGUGCGGAUCUCAGCUUUGUUAGUUUAACGAGGGGAGGAGAGUUAAUAUUGCCCAUUAUCACGGAGGACUCCUUAGACCCCCCUCCCGUGGCCACCCGAUCCCCCUUCGUGCCCCCACCCCCCACCUUCUACCCCUUCCUCACGGGCGUGGGGGCCACCCAAGACACCCUGCCCCCGCCCGCGGCGCGCCGCCCACCCGCUGGGGGCCCGUGCCAGGCUGAGCAGGACGACAGCGACUGCGAAGAGCCCAUCGAGGCCUCGGGCUUUGCAUCCGGGGAGGUCUUUGACUCCAGCCUCCCCCCCACGGACGACGAGGACUUUUAUACCACCUUUCCCCUGGUCACGGACCGCACCACCCUCCUCUCUCCCCGCAAACCCGCUCCCCGGCCUAACCUCAGGACAGAUGGGGCCACGGGCGCCCCUGGGGUGCUGCUAGUCCCCUCUGCCCCAGCCCCAAACCUGCCAGCGGGCAAAAUGAACCACCGAGACCCGCUGCAGCCCCUGCUGGAGAACCCACCCCUGGGGCCCGGGGCCCCCACGUCCUUCGAGCCGCGGAGGCCCCCUCCGUUGCGCCCCGGCGUGACCUCCGCCCCCGGCUUCCCCCAUCUGCCCACAGCCAACCCCACGGGGCCUGGGGAGCGGGGCCCGCCGGGCGCAGUGGAGGUGAUCCGGGAGUCCAGCAGCACCACGGGCAUGGUGGUGGGCAUCGUGGCGGCCGCGGCGCUCUGCAUCCUCAUCCUCCUCUACGCCAUGUACAAGUACCGCAACCGCGAUGAGGGCUCCUACCAGGUGGACCAGAGCCGGAACUACAUCAGUAACUCGGCCCAGAGCAAUGGGGCGGUGGUGAAAGAGAAGGCCCCGGCGGCCCCCAAGACGCCCAGCAAGGCCAAGAAGAACAAAGACAAGGAGUAUUACGUCUGA